GUGCUGAGCCGAGCCGUGCUGCAGCCGUGCCACAGCCGAACCGAGCCGUGCUGGGCUCAGCUCCAGCGAACCGAACCGAACCGCACCGCUUCUCGCUGAUGGCGGCUCCCGGUCCCACGCGCGUCCCGGUCCCGGCACGGAGCCGCCGCUGAGCGCUGCGCACCGGCCCGGCCUGCAGGAGAAAUGUUUGGAGUUUGCAAGGAGCUGAGAUGAGAAAAAGGGGAUGGGAGGUGACUGCGAGUCAGCGCCGCUCUCCGAAGGCUGGCGGUGAUGGGGGUUUAAUGGCUGCACCCAUCAGCUCCCACCGGGUCCAACCUGCUCUGGAUGGACAGAUCCCAGCACGGUCAGUUUGUAGAGACAUGUUCAACGGAAGCCGGACAUACAGCCCCUUGCCUUCCUCGCCAGCCUCACGGGCAUCCUCCUCCUCCUCCUCCUCUUCCUCGCUGCCGGUGGCUCCGCGGAGACCCCCCCGGGCCCUGCCACGCCACAGCUCUCUGCUCGCCCAGUACAGCAGCCUGCUGGAGAGCUACACGGAAGGGGAGAUCCGGCAGCUCAUCUCGGCACUAGUGGAGCGCUACAGCCAGGCCAUGAACUCGGGCGGCCACGAGCUGCCCCUCUUCCCCAAGGCGGGCAACCGCAUGAAGCGGGCGCGCGCCCGCCACAAACCCUGCGCCCUGAAGGAGCUGGAGGUGAGCGUCAGCGAGUUGGGCCUGGGCUACGAGUCGGACGAGACCGUGUUGUUCCGCUACUGCAGCGGCACCUGCGACGCGGCCGUCAGGAACUACGACCUCUCGCUGAAGAGCGUGCGCAGCCGGAAGAAGAUCAGGAAGGAGAAGGUGCGCGCGCGGCCCUGCUGCAGGCCGCUGGCCUACGAUGAUGACGUCUCCUUCUUGGAUGCCUACAACCGCUACUACACCGUCAAUGAGCUGUCGGCCAAAGAGUGCGGCUGUGUGUGAAGGGCCGGGUUGGGGGGUGGCUCAAUGGGGCCGAAGCCCGUGGUGGGGAUGGGGAUGGACCCCGCACCGCUGCCCGCCCCAUGGACCUCCCGUGUCCAGUUGGAGGAGGAGAGACGACCCAUGGACCUACCAUGUCCAUUGGGAAGAGGAAAGAUGCCCCAUGGACCCUCCGUGUCCAUUGGGAGGAGGAGAAAUGCCCCACAGACCCCCCAUGUCCAUUGGGAAGAGGAGAGAUGCCCCAUGGACCCUCCGUGUCUAGUGGGAGGAGAAGUGAUGCUCCAUGGACCCCCCAUGUCCACUGGGACCCUCUUUGUCCAUGGAGGAGAAGAAGAGAUGCCCCGUGGACCCCCCCCCCCCCAUGUCCAGUGGGAGGAGGAGAGACUGCGACGCUCGUGUGGCCCCGAGCGCUGCUUCCUGCCCACAUGCGUGCACUGUGACUGUGGGGCUGCAGAGGAAGGUGUAAGUGUGAGCGUUGUCCCGCUGAGGGGGUUCCCAUCAGUCGACCCUUCGGUUGGGUGUGCGACACAGGCAAUGGGCUCAGGGGGUGACACACACUCAGGCUGUGCUGCACAUGGGGUGUUGUGCACAGACGUUGUCCGUGUCGUUGUGCACUGGGUUGCGCACCGGGUGUUGUCACACAGAUGUGUCACCUGCUGAAGGGUUGUGAGCUGCACGGUAGAAGUGACAGGGAUGUGUGUGCAGGGUCAAACGUGUCUGUGUGCAGUGCAGUGUGUCUGUAUGGUGCCUGGUGUUACGGGGUGUUGUGGGCAUAGGGGGUGUUGGAUGGCUACAGGUGCCCCAGGUGGGGCUGCCAUCCCCUGUUUUCACUGUGUCCAUGCUGGGGUCCCCACACUGUGCCCCAAAGCCCCACGUUAGGUGCAGAGCUGCAUGCACACCAUGAAAAAGCUCCAUCUCUGCUCCCCACACCCCAUCCCCUCACUCCCUGCAGCUGCUGCUUUGUAGGAUAAUCUGCAGUAACUGGAUUAACCCCAUGGCCCCUCCGCCUGCAGCCAGGCUGGAGACGUGCCACUGCCACGGAGGUGACACAGAGCCACGGCCGGGCUGCAGCAGGUGAGGACCCCCCCAAAGCCAGCCCAGCUCUGUCCUAAGGGUGAGUGGGAUUCCCAAUGGGGCAGCACAGCUCGAAGUGCAUGUAGGACAGGGCUCGGGCCUGCGCUUUGGCUCCGCUUCGCAUUUACAGCAGUGUCACUCUUGUUUACUCUGCGGAGAAAUAAAUGAGACCGCAGACUUUUGCGUUCUCUGGGCAGGCUAAAUUUGUUGCCUGGGAUUGAUGGGUUUUCUCCCCUUGGCCCUCUUCCCAGAAAAAGCAAAUCAUAAACAGAAGGAGAAUAUUGGUGUCAUGUCCUGGGCACAGAGCGAGAACGCUCCAAUGGCAGCGCUCCGCUGGGGGACCUCUGUGCCAUAUUGGGACCGCAGCCACUGUGGACAUGGGCAGGAUUUUGGGGGUGGCGGUGACAAAGGUGACCCCAAAAGAAGCAGCUGCAGGAGGAUCUGUGCUUGUGACCUGCGCUGUGCCCACAGCUCGCUCCUGCCCUCAAAUAAAGCAACACAACGCACCCAAAUCUAAUAAUAAUAACUGCGCUCUGAAGGGCUUGGGCGCGUUCCAGUUCUCACUACUAUAAAACUAAAAUUAGUUGUGUUGCAGAAGCCUCCAGUGAAACAAAAAAAAAAAAAAAAAAAAAAAAAAAAAACCCCACAACAAAACCAACCAACCAAAACCCAAAGGCACUCCAGCACAGGAAGGUGCUGCGGAGCGGUGCAGCAGGGUUAGCACCGAGCUCCCCGUGUCACCAGGAGCGCAGAGGUGACGCUGAGGUUUUGCAGCUGUUGUGUUGCUCCCGGUGUCAGGUUUUGGAGAUGUGUUGGAGAUACGCAUUGGUUUCAGGACCUGCAGGGCUGAGGUCAGCAGCAGCUUUGCACCUUCGUGCUGCUGAACCCUCCCUGGUGCACUUUGCAACCCCAAAAGCACCCCAAAGCAUUGGGAAACCCCCACAUCAAAGCGUGCUGCAAAGCAAUGUGGAUAGCUGCAACGCCUCUUCUUUUUUCCCCCCCCUUUCAUUUUUCACCCCGCGCAGAGGUGCGGGGGAAGCGGCUGACGUUGGCGGCGUGCGAUGGUUCGAGGAGUGCAUCUGGGCUGCAGCUGCGCAGCCACACAACACCCGGGGGACGAGUGGGGCCGCCGCGGCCAUCACCCAACCAUGGCUUUUGCUUGCGUGUCGCUUCCGUGCGUGUCAUUCAGGGCUGUCCUCUUGGGGACACGUGUGUCCUCCAUCUCCGGGACCAUUGCCCUGUCCCGCACCGCCUGCACAGGGAAAUGUGGUUCCAAUAGAACCGCCGCUCUUUCCCUUAAUGCUUUCCAUUUCUACAGCCCUCUCUGCUGUAAUAGGAGCUGGAGCUGUCCGGAAGAAUGUCUACAAUGCAGAAAAGGCAAAAGGAUGGAAAAUUCCCCGCUCAAAGCUACGGCGCAGUCUCAUCUGGCUCUCUUCCUCAUCACCCCAUGCGUUACUGAUUGCUAAUAACGGUGUGCAACAUCUGUCAGGCGGUGUUUUGGGGAUUUGGGGGGCAUCUUCAACCCUGCAGCUUGCCCAUCACCCAAGGCAGGAGACGAGGGCUGAAAAGGACGACGAGAUGUUUAGAACUACUCCAGUGGUUGUGACAGCGCAAAAUAUGAGUGUUAUGUUAUCCCGACUCUCCGAUAAUGAGUUAUGGGACGUUUCAUUGUGUUUUACUAUACACAUCCCCAUAUGGCCGUGCUGUGUUUGGGUAACUCUGGCUCUGGCUCUGGUUCGGCUCCGCCUGUCACUUGCAUCAGUCGGGAUCCCAUUUGCCAACAUGGGCGCACUCCCGAUUUGGUAUCGGUGAGGGGGAAUGGGCCUAACAUCAUUGUUUCCACUCGGUGAAAGCACUGGCAAACGUUGCGUCCUUUAUUUAAACAGGUCCAGAAAUGCACUGGGAAGAAAUCACUUCUCCCAGUUAAUCAAGACAAAUGGUUUUUCGGCAGUAUUCAAGACCUCAGCUGCCAUCUCUUCAUAAAUAGGGCUACCACAUGUUGUUGUUCUUGGUUACACGAGGCAGAACCUCCAUGUUGACGUGCAAGAGGAAGAAAAGAAGGAAAAAGGGGGGGGGGGGGGGGAAAGGAGAUUGGGCAGCCAUAGGCAGGAGAAGGGUGAGCGCGGGAGGAGGCAGCCCUGCCCCCACAUCCCCAUGUCCCCACAUCCUCAUAUCCCCACAUCCCCACGUCCCCACAUCCCCAUACACCACUCAAUGCCAUUGGCGCAACCCCAUUUCCCUUCUGGUAUUGUCGGCUCUGUCCGACCAUCUGCAAAAGUUGAUGCAAUGCAUCUAUAUUUUAGAUACUCCCUAUUUAUUCGAAGUAACUUAUGUUAUUUAUUUAGAUACCAUAGUGUGCCAUCUAUGUACCGCGUUCUUUCUCUCUCUCUUUUUUUUUUUUUAAGAUUUUAUUUAUUGAUCCAAAUGGUGCCAAGUGCAGUUUACAUUUAUUACAUUUUUACCAUUUAUUCUAAACGUUGGGGGAAAAAAAGAAUGCAGUAUGAUAUUAUUUUUUUUAAACAAACAUAAACUCGGGUGUGAUGCUGUUACAUACUCACGAUAAAGUGAAAAUAAAAGGAGAAUUAUGUUGA